GCUUCGCGCGGCUGGUCUCCAAGAGCAUCCUCCCCGACAUGUUCUGCUUCGAGCCCCCGGGCUCCUCGCAGCGCCCCAGCGACGUGGGCUGCGACCUCUGCGCGGAGGCGGCCGGCGUCCUGGAGGCGCUGCAGGACCCCGAGGUGGCGGUGUCGGUGAAGCGGCGGCGGCUCCAAGGGCUCCGGGACGAGUGCAGGCAGCUCGGCAUCCUCCCCAAGCCGCUCGCCGACGACGCGCUGGACGUCAUGGACUUCUUCGCCGCCCCGCUGGUGCUGACCUCCUCGG